AUGACGUGCUUAUAGCUGAACGACAGUUCUGCGACGUUCUAGCGGGCGGUCAGAGGAAACAUUGUACACGAUGGCUUUGCUAUCGAUCGUCAAAGGAGAUUGACAAUACCUACAAGCUGUAUAUCGAUCGGACUACAAGUGACAUCGUCAGCAAACAUGUCGUCCAUGUUGAGCGCAUCUUCUCGAUGCGUAAAGAAAAUUUAUGAAAUUCUCUGUUGUGACAACAAGUGUUGCGAUUGCUGUUUCGGUAGUGAGAAAAAACUGACCAAGUCCGAUAUCCAGCAUUCCUUCAGGGAAUCGUCUACUAGACUAGAUUCAACAAGUUCUGCAACAGAUAGCAUGCGUAGCUUCAGAGAAAGAAUGGAAUCGGAUAAUAUGUCGUCAAGAACAGAUUCGGUUUCUUCGACUUCACAACUAAGUGGGGAAUACCGAAGGGGCACAACAACACCCGUUAUUGAUAUGAAACCUAUAGAGUUCUGGGCUGCCAACCGCGAAAGUGUUCAGCCUAAACAACAUCGCCGACGCCUUCCGAGUGAAACCGAAAUCAGCGUUGAAAACUUUCAACCAGAUUUAUAUGAAGAAGAUAAAUCAGAACCGUGUUUGACAGAUGAAGAAAAAUUAGCCAAAUACCAACUGGGUCAGAUCCAUAUAGGUUUAAACUACGAGGUGUCUACCAAAGUGUUGGUGGUCAAGAUAAUUGAGGCAAAAGACCUACCCAGACCUUAUUCCCUUGAUGAAAAUAAACAAGACAUGGCUCAUUCAAACCCGUAUUGUAAAGUUUGUCUGCUUCCAGACCAAAAAAAUUCACAACAAACGUCAGUUCAGCGCAAGACACAGGAACCGACGUGGAAUGAAUACUUCAUGUUUGAAAUUCCUUAUAGUGAAGUGCAAAUGCGAACAUUAGAAAUUCUGGUGAAAGACUUUGAUAAAUAUUCCCGCCACUGUAUUAUUGGUCAGGUGUACUUACCUCUUACAAACUUACAACUCCUUAAAGGUGUUCAUAUGUGGAAACCUCUUAGUCCAAGUACAAAGGAGAGACAUGACUUGGGAGAAAUACUGCUGUCUUUGAACUACCUACCAACUGCCGGGAGAUUAAAUAUUGACGUCAUCAAGGCAAAACAACUUCUACAAACAGAUAUGAUUGGAGGAUCCGAUCCCUUUGUAAAAAUAACGAUGGUGCACUUUGAAAAACCCAUCAAAACCAAAAAAACUUCCGGAAAGAAAAAUACCAUUGAUCCGGUGUUUAAUGAAUCCAUCAACUUUAAUAUAACACCACAACAACUGGAAAACACGAGUAUUGUGGUCACAGUCUGGGACUACAAUUCAAAAAGUAAAGACGAUUUUGUUGGUCGUAUCGUGUUGGGAAAAUAUGGAACUGGACCUCAUGAAUAUACCCACUGGAGCCGGAUGUUGAAUUCUCAACGUUCUGCGGUUGCGCAGUGGCAUUCGCUGAGGUCUCGCCAAGAGUGCGACCAAGUGUCGCCUGCUUCUAUUGCAGUUCCAUGACAUAAUGUCAAGCGAAGUCAAGGUUAAUAUCAAACAUCUGUCGCCGACAAGAAAUUUCCAUACCUGCCAAAACAAGAAGUCAAUAUCUGUACAGUAAUAUUUGAUAUUAAGUUCUGUUAGUACAUUUGUAAGUGGAAUUGUCAUAAUUUAAAGACUUUGUUAAUUGUUUGACGUCAUCAUUGUUUGGUAUUGACAGACUAACAUAAUUGUUUUAUAUCAUUGUUUGUUACAGAAAGACUUAACACCACGUUUACUCGGUACCAUUGUAUAAAAGCAAGAGGGGAUUGCCAUAUCUGUCACUUCAGAAUUAUGGCAAGUAGAUUGCCAUUUCUGUCACUUCAGAAUUAUGGCAAAUGCCUUUGCUAUAUCAUGUGUUUUUGGUACUUAAUAAAAGAAAAAAAAGAUUAAUAAGAUUUUCAUUAACUGCUCAUGAAUUUGAAACCAUUAUAACAUUCAAACAAAUAUAUGGAUUAUUUUUUCUCCAAAGAUGCGAAAUCAGAUUGAUAUACAUUUAUGUUACCUAGUAUACUAAAGACCAUCUGUAAUAAGUCAUGUUGGAUAAUGUUUUGAGGAUUCACCUUUGCAGAUUUCAUACGUUUACAUUGUACUUUGUCUUUAACAGUUUAUAUUUACAUUUGCAAAUGCUUUCCCUUAUAUAACGUUUUUUUGAAAAAAGGCGUAUAUAAAUUUUUGUAUUAACAGGUUCAUCAUCUGACCAUAAAUUCACUGUUUAGCCAUAAACGAUCAAGUUUAACGUCAUAGUGACGUUUUAAGUGGUCGACGUGUUCAAUUUAUACCGCUGAGGUUUGAAAAAAAAUGAAUUGUUUCAACUUAUUUUGCCCAAAUAUUUGUUAUAAAUCAGUCACAAAUGUAAAUAUAAGUAAUAAGGUAUUAUUUUAAACAUUUAUCGAGAUGUAAAUACGGGUUGAUACGUGAUCAAAUCUACCAUAAAGCCAUCUUCGGGCUUUAAGGGAUUUGAUCACAUGACCAGCCCUUACUUACAUCCCGAUAAAAGUUUACUAGGCCCUAAUACUUUAUUUCUCAAUUCAAAUGUUUGAAGGGCAUUUUACUACCAAAGUUGUUUUAAUUGUAUUGCUUGUGUGAUACGCACAAAGUAUAUCAAUUUGAUUUAUACAAUAACCGAGAAAUGUUACUUUGUUCUGCACAUAUAUAUUUUUAUAUGUAAGAUAAUUUACCGUAAUUUGUGAAAUGCAUUGUCACCUUGUAAGGUUAGACAAUAAAUUGUUGCUUGUAUGUAUAAAA